AUGGCGGCGGAAGAUCUACAGAGCACAACCUUCAGGAAGACACUGGACUUUGGCCAUUACAUAUCUCACAAGAACAGAAUAGAAAUAGUGAAGCCUGCUGUUGAUACCAAACCUCCAGUGACGCACACACAUCACAUUUUAAAACUGAGCAAACUACAGGGUGAACAAAGGAAAAUCGACAAAAUCGAAUAUGAAAACAAGCAACUGUGUCAGAAAAUCGCCAAUGCCCAUCGCGGUCCUGCCACAGUAGAUUGCUGGAAUGAAUAUUUUUCCAAGAGCUUAAACAGAGAAACAAGGAACCGGGAGCUAGUGAGAAUCACCGUGGAAAACCAGGGCAUUCUGAAGAGGCUUGGUGACCGCAAACCCUACUAUGACCGCAGGUCAUCCGAGAUAGACUGGCAGGCACGUGGGGGACUCUGGGAUAUUCCCGUGCAUUCAGUUCAUCUGUAUUCAGAGUAG